GGUCCACGUUUUAUUUGGAGGGAUUUUGUUUGGCACCUUUUAUUUCUGAUUUUCUGAAGAAAUAAGGCUUGGAAUUUAUGAGGUUGUGGUGCUUUGCUGUUUCUUCAGCUCUGUUUACCUUCACUAAAAACUUUUUCUGUUUUUUGUUUUGGGUUUUCAGGUUGAUCCCUCUUUUCAUUUCAACUGAUCUUCCUCACCUUAAUGUUGGAAAUUCUGAAGAAGGGAUUAUAUUUGUGAGGAUCGAUUAUAUUCUUUGGAUGAAUUGAAGGAGUGAAGGAGAUCGAGUAGAUACUCGUGGUUUGGAUAUAUUGCUUUAGAUCUUGAGUCUCUUGUUAAGAGACUGUGUCAGUCUUAAGUUGUUUACAUAUAUAAUCUCAAACUGGUUGCUGUCACAAAUUUUCAUGACAUUUAACAUAAAAAGAUGCUGGAGGUUCGAAGGAGAGUUGUAUAUAGAUAUAUGAAGAUAUACUCUGAAGAUUUCCUAUUUGUGGUUUUUUAUUCCGGGUAGAUGGCAAGAUGAGCAAUAUACCUUGGGAGAAUGUGUUUUUACUGAAUGUAUAUUCUUGGUGAGGUAAUAUCUGGAUGAAAAUGGAAGGUUCAUCUGAUACUGGUUGGCGGAAAUCUGCUAGUUCUAGAGGAUUGGAUACUUCUGCAUCUUCAGAAAGAAAUCUGAGGCUACUCCAUGAAAGUAGACGUAGCUUAUCUACUGAUGCGUCACGCAACUCAGUACUUGUAGCUAUGGAUCCUGUAGUUCACAGCAUUGAAUGGGGUGAUGUCAGCUUGAGGCGGUGGCUGGACAAUCCAGAACGCAGCAUUGAUGCGAUUGAGUCGUUGCAUAUAUUUAGGCAGAUUGUUGAGAUAGUCAGCACUGCACAUUCUCAGGGAAUUGUGGUUAAUAAUGUACGGCCUUCCUGUUUCAUAAUGUCUUCCUUCAACCAUGUAUCCUUCAUUGAGUCUGCUUCUUGUUCAGAUUCAGGAUCAGAUUCCUUGGAGGAUGGGUUGGAUGGCCAAGAUACAGAGAGUAAACAACCUUGUUCAUCCUUGUGCAAUGAUGAUCUGAAUGAGCAGAGAAGUGGGUCAAGCUAUAGAGAAUCACAACUGAUACCAGAUACCAUUGGCUCUAAGUCUCAAACAAUCCAGGCAACAAAUCCAUUUUCUGUAGAAGAGAAAGGUUGGUGUGAAACUAAGGACACAAAAGGCUAUAGAAAGGCUGGAGAAAAGCGGUCUUUCCCAAUGAAAGAACUUUUGCUGAUGGAGUCAGGUUGGUAUACUAGCCCAGAGGAAAUUGCUGGUGCCCCAUGUUCCUGUGCUUCAGAUAUCUAUCGCUUAGGUGUUCUUCUAUUUGAGUUAUUUUGCACGUUUAGCUCCAUUGAAGAAAAAAGCGGAACAAUGUCUAGUUUACGACAUCGAGUUCUUCCCCCACAACUUUUGUUGAAAUGGCCUAAAGAAGCUUCAUUCUGCUUAUGGUUGUUGCAUCCAGACCCUUGUAGUCGACCAAAAAUGGGUGAUCUGCUGCAAAGUGAGUUUCUUAAUGAACCUAGAGAUAAUUUAAAUGAGCGUGAAGCUGCAAUAGAACUCAGGGAAAAGAUAGAGGAACAUGAAUUGUUGCUUGAGUUCCUUGUGCGUAUGAGACAGGCCAAACAGGAUGCUGCCAGUAAGUUGCAGAACACGGUUUCCUUUUUAUCUUCUGAUAUUGAGGAAAUUGUAAAUAAGCAAAAAGCACUAAAGGAGAAAGGAGGCACUUUCUCAGGUUCGGAGAGGAUUCGGCAGUCAGCACCAGAUCUCAUUCCAAUCAAAUCUGUUGAACAUGAUGCAACAGAUCAUAACAGGCAAGAAAUUCAGAUACAUGAUGCCGUGAAGUUUAGUUCUGUUGAAAGUGAAAGUCAUAAUCAGGAAAAUUUGCUUUCAAAGAACUCGCGAUUGAUACAAAACUUCAAGAAACUUGAGUCAGCCUACCUUUCAACAAGGCACAGGCCAGCCAGGCUGUCAGGGAAGCCAGUGGGUGGCCAUUCUCAGCUUAGCAGCAAUAGUAGAGGGUCUGUAGUUUCUAGUGUUUCAUUAGCAAAAGAGCAAAGGAGUAAUAAUGGAGAAAGUGGGUGGAUUAGCCCCUUCCUUGAAGGUUUAUGUAAGUAUCUGUCGUUUACUAAAUUGAAUGUAAAAGCGGACUUGAAGCAAGGGGAUCUUCUGAACUCUUCAAAUCUGGUAUGCUCUGUCGGUUUUGAUCGUGAUGGAGAAUUUUUUGCAACUGCUGGUGUAAAUAAGAAGAUUAAAGUAUUUGAAUGUGAUGCCAUCCUCAAUGGGAAUCGUGAUAUUCAUUAUCCUGUCACUGAAAUGGCCUGUCGCUCAAAGCUUAGCAGCAUUUGUUGGAAUAGCUAUAUCAAAAGCCAGAUUGCAUCUAGUAAUUUUGAAGGCGUAGUGCAGGUAUGGGAUGCUGCAAGAAGCCAAGUGUUUGUGGAACUCAAAGAGCACGAAAGGAGAGUCUGGUCUGUUGAUUUUUCAUCAGCAGAUCCAACACUGUUGGCAAGUGGAAGCGAUGACGGUUCAGUCAAACUCUGGAGUAUCAAUCAGGGAGCAAGCAUCGGUACCAUCAAAACCAAAGCCAAUGUCUGCUGCGUUCAGUUUCCCAUAGAUUCUGGUCGUUCUCUUGCUUUUGGUUCAGCAGACCACAAAAUAUACUACUAUGAUCUGCGGAGUCCUAGAGUACCAUUAUGCACAUUGAUUGGACACAACAAAACUGUAAGCUACAUCAAGUUUGUGGAUUCCAACACUCUGGUAUCUGCAUCAACAGAUAAUACUCUGAAGCUUUGGGACUUAUCACUGUGUGCAUCUCGGGUUGUUGAGGGCCCUCUUCAGUCAUUUACUGGUCACACAAAUAUGAAGAACUUUGUAGGUUUAUCUGUAUCAGAUGGUUACAUUGCCACAGGUUCUGAAACAAAUGAGGUGUUCAUUUAUCACAAAGCCUUUCCGAUGCCAGCUCUGUCGUACAAAUUCAGCAGUUUAGAUCCACUUUCGGGCAAUGAAACAGAAGACGCUGCACAGUUCAUCUCUUCUGUUUGUUGGCGUGGUCAGUCAUCAACGCUUGUAGCUGCAAACUCCACUGGAGAUGUCAAGCUGCUGGAAAUGGUUUGAUUUUUAAUUUGCCUUCAGCUGGCAAAGUAAGAUGUAUAGAAGAAUUGGAGGAGCUACUCCCUACAGAUUCCUUUUUCGAGCAUUGUUUGCUUGAACAUUUCGCUUGGUGAAUUGGUUGGAGGGAUUAACCAUAGCAAUUUUGAUAUUAGAUCAGAGCCGAUGCCAUGGGUGUAAAGACUCGGAUAUUAUUUGCUGUAAAUAAUUUUUUUAGGCACAAAGAAGGGUAAUAUGAUCAUGCCCUUGUAUAACCCUCUUAUAUAGGUCAAAAACUUAUUUUCUCACUGUUGGAGCCUUCCAAUUAGUGAUUUUGUGAUGCUAAACUUUCAUUUUUCAGCAAUGCAAUUUAAAUGAAAUACGUAGUAUAUCUUAACGAUGUUACA